AUGUUUACCUUUAAAGGUUGUCUCCGGAUAAGCCCCGGACCCCACGGAGCAGACUUCAUCAGGAUUACACAGACCACAGCGGACCCCACAGAGCAGACUUCAUCAGGAUUACACAGACCACAGCGGACCCCACAGAGCAGACUUCAUCAGGAUUACACAGACCACAGCGGACCCCACAGAGCAGACUUCAUCAGGAUUACACAGACCACAGCGGACCCCACAGAGCAGACUUCAUCAGGAUUACACAGACCACAGCGGACCCCACAGAGCAGACUUCAUCAGGAUUACACAGACCACAGCGGACCCCACAGAGCAGACUUCAUCAGGAUUACACAGACCACAGCGGACCCCACAGAGCAGACUUCAUCAGGAUUACACAGACCACAGCGGACCCCACAGAGCAGACUUCAUCAGGAUUACACAGACCACAGCGGACCCCACAGAGCAGACUUCAUCAGGAUUACACAGACCACAGCGGACCCCACAGAGCAGACUUCAUCAGGAUUACACAGACCACAGCGGACCCCACAGAGCAGACUUCAUCAGGAUUACACAGACCACAGCGGACCCCACAGAGCAGACUUCAUCAGGAUUACACAGACCACAGCGGACCCCACAGAGCAGACUUCAUCAGGAUUACACAGACCACAGCGGACCCCACAGAGCAGACUUCAUCAGGAUUACACAGACCACAGCGGACCCCACAGAGCAGACUUCAUCAGGAUUACACAGACCACAGCGGACCCCACAGAGCAGACUUCAUCAGGAUUACACAGACCACAGCGGUCAUAA